UCUCUCAAUGCAUGCAUAUCUCUCUCUUUAUUAUUGAUUCACUCGUUUCAACCACCAACGGCUCAAUGUACACACUCCUCUUCCCUUCUAAUUCGAACGCAUGGCAUUAGUUGUGUACACACAUCUAGAGAGACAAACAAGAAAAUGAUGAUGGGAAAUUGAAGAGUGUGUAAUUAAUUAAAGGCAUGAAGAAGAAGGGGUUGAUUGUGGGAGCAGGAGUAUCGUGGUUUGCGUGGAAGCUGUUGAUUGUGGUUUCCCUCACUCUCACCAUUGUUCUCUGCAUGUUGGCUUUUCUCAGGCUCCAGCGAUUCCUUCCUUCACACUCCCAAAAUCCUUCUUCUUCAGUUUCUCGUAGAUUUCUCCAUCCCAAUUGGGAUUCCAUUAGUUUUCGAGGCGAUCCCAAAGUUGCUUUUCUCUUUCUAGCCCGCCGUAAUUUGCCUCUCGAUUUUCUUUGGAAAUCUUUCUUCGAGAAUGCUGACGCUGAUAAAUUUUCAAUAUAUAUACAUUCGGAGCCUGGUUUUGUGUUUAACGAGUCUACCACAAGGCCAUCUUUCUUUCAUGAUCGCCAAUUGAAUAAUAGCAUCAAGGUAGCUUGGGGAGAAGCAAGUAUGAUUGAAGCAGAGAGAUUGUUACUUGAAGAAGCUCUUAAGGAUCCAGCCAAUAGAAGAUUUGUUCUAUUGUCAGAGAG